AUGGUUCGUCCAGUUGAUGGAUUUUCUCAUCGAUUGUCUAAAUUAAUUGGUGGUGAACGUUUUACCUUACUACCAACAAAUGUUAUUACUAGAAUAUUUGCAUUCCUUCAUCCUAUUGAUAUUCUUACUAAGAGACCUGACACUGUUUGUGCAAUUUGGUAUAACGAAAUGAAUACUUUUAUUUGGAAGAGGAUUACAAAAUUCUUGGCCCCUGCUAUUGCAGUUGAUAAAUAUGACACAGAGACUCUUAAAGAAUAUUGUCUAGCAAAGGGAAGAGCAUUCUACGGCCAAAAGAAGGCAACUCUCUCCUAUAUUCAUCUUGAAUUGCAGAAGGAAGAAUAUCCACCAAGUUAUGAAUAUGAUCCAAUUACAACAUGUGAAAAUAUUUCAUUUUCAGAAAACAGUGAGUGGAAAGGAACAACCUAUUUAUUGAGUGGAUCAGGUAGAUAUUAUGAUUCAUUCCGUUCGUGUGAACCGUUGACAUAUACUUUAGUGGAAUUUCAAGAUGUAAAUGGUUAUUAUUUCAAUUAUCAUGCACCUUAUUAUAUUUACUUUACAUAUGAUUGUAAAUAUGAAGAUGAAGAGGAACAGUCUACUUCAUUCACUUGUGUUUUGAAUGUUUUUGCUAAUGAUGACGAUGAGGAUGAUGACGACUUUAUUUCACCAAUUGAAGGGUAUCUAGGAAUUUUAGCUCAAUUGUUGGCACAGAAAGAUUCCGAACUUGAUCCGAAUGCAGAAAUCUUCUCUUCAAAAUAUUAUUUAGAAACGAGGAAGAGAAUGGAAAAGUUACUUUCACCUGAAGUGAUCUAUGAUGACGAUUCGGAAGAGGUUAUUCAUUCCAAAAUUUAUUCAUUAUUGUUUGAUUGGGUCGAUUUAGUUGUAGGCUCAAUGGAAAAACAUUCCUUUUUGCAGGGAUUUGAAGAAUUGAGAAAGGAUUUAAGAUUCAUAUCAAGGGAUGAAUUAGAUUGGAAUUAUUUUGAAGAGUUGACUGAGAAAUUCAAUUGUAUUAAUAUUUGUGGAGAAAAGACAUGGUUUGGGUUUACUCUUUUAGAUAAAAGAGGAGAAAGAAUUCCAAUAUUCUGUAGAUUGAGUAGGCAGUAUGAAAGUGCAAGUAGAGAAAUGAGUGUCAUCAUUCUUGGGUUCUUUGAUUCCAAUGACAAUUUGACAGGAAAUCUUCAGGAAGCAAUCAGAAUUCAAGAAGCACAAUUUUACUUUGAAUAUGCAGGAUUUGAUAGUAUGUCCAGUUUCACUGGAUUUGAUUGGAUCAAUGACAACUUUUCCAGAUAUAUCAAAGCAAAGGAUGAAUUGGCUCUUUUUGGAUCUGCUUUGGAAUUUUAUAUUACAAUGCUAAAGCAAAGAAAAUUCUCAAAAACAAAAUGUUUUCCUCGUAUUAAGGAGGAUCGAACAGAAUAUUACUUUAACAGUACUAUUGGAAUGAUGCUUUGUUUCAAUUCACUUCACAGAGGAGUGAGCGAAUGGUAUUCACCAUCAAGAUUUGAUACCCACCUUCCAGGGUUAAUUUAUCACGUUCAAUCGUUCUAUUCGAAACAUAAGAAAUUAUUAGAGAGCAAUAAAUAA